AUGGCGUACGUACAUGCGAACAGCACCAUUGAAGCAGCCUGCUCACCUCCAAAUGACAUGCAAGAAAUAAUAACACACACGGCAGAGAUCACGCUGGACGAUGAAGAACAAGGUGUCUGGUUCGAAGAUGAAGAACUCGGCAUCCAAACCCUACCGGCGGCGAAGGAAACCUGGACCAUUGUUGGCCGGUUUUUGACAGAUCGGAUCCUCAAGACCGAGGUGAUGAAGCGUGUUAUGGCUUCGGCUUGGAAGCCUCUGAUGGGUAUUGAGAUAACGGAUGUGCAGCCCAAUUUAUUCUUGUUCACCUUCUUUGAUGAGCCGGACAUGAAGCGGGUUAUGGAUGAGGGUCCUUGGGCGUUUGAGAAUGCGACGCUGCUAUGCCAGGUCUUGAAUGAUGGUGAGGAUCCGUUACAGGUUAGUCUUAAUACUGUGGACUUAUGGGUACAGGUUUCGGACAUCCCCCAGGGAUACCGUACGGUUAAAGUGUUGGAAAGAAUUGGAGACUAUGUUGGGGUGUUCUUGCGCUAUGAUGAACGAAAUUUUGAGAGACAAUGGACUUCCUUCUAUAGAGUUAGAGUCACCCAUGAUGUCUCAAACCCCUUGAAGCGGCGGAUGAAGAUGAUUCUAAGAGAUGGGUCCUGGACAUGGAUUAAUUUCAAAUAUGAACGCCUCCACAUGUUUUGCUUUUUUUGCGGACGAAUGGGCCAUACGGACAAAUUUUGCAUACAAGCUCGCCGUUCGUUGUUGAGACCGGAACAAUAUCCGUUUGGGGCGUCGAUGAGGGCGGGGGGUACAAAUUCGGCCAAAGUGUUGGGGGGAAAAAUGGUUUCAACUAGGCCAAGAGAGGGGGCGUGA